CAAAGAAGAAAUAUUGGGAACAUCUGAUGAUGACACAUGGAAUAAUUCAAGGAUUUCAGACACAAACAUCCCAGAGAUUGUUUAUUCACAAGCAGAAGACAAAGACACCAAACCAGCUAAUGAAAAUAUACAAGAUAAAAAUGCAGAAUACAACCGGGAUGAUCACGAAGAUGAUGAAAAAGAAUUAGAGUUGCUGCUAAAUCAGCACUUCACAGGAGCUAGAGGUACCUCUUCCAGAGAUGAAAGGAAUUUAUACACAACAGAACCAGUUAAUUUUCCAAGUGAAACGGAAAGAUUGGAGAAAAAGCUAGCCUGUAUAGAAAUAAGCAGUGACUUGCACCCUGUGCCUAUCAGUUCCUCAUCUGAAAAGACUUCACAAGAGAUAGGAGGAGAAUUAAAAGAUAAAGUUAAGUAUUCCCUAAGAGAUUAUAAUAGUCAGCCAUCAGGGAAGGAAGUCGCUGCUGGCUCGGUAAACAGCGAGUCUUUGGAAUGUACUGGUACCAGUGAAAGCCUUGUAUCGGAAAAAUGUUUUCCUGGGACAAAGCAGAAUGAGGCUAUCGCUAUUACAGCUACUGUCUCAAGCCGACAAGGCGAGCGCCACACAGAUAUUUCAAAAGGUGAAACAGAUAGUGCCUCGGGAAGUAGGAUGAUGGAGAGGUUAUUCAUCAGUGAGGAUGCUGCUGAUACCUCGAAAGGGGCCUGUGAAAUGAGACCAGAAACCAUUUCUCCAGAGCAUGAUGAAUCCAUGCAAUUAAAUGCAUGCAUGGGAGGGAUGCUGGAUGGCAAUGCUAAUCCAGCUCCGGAGCACCACCCGCCACAAGUGUCUCACCAAACUCUGGAUUCAUUGUUGUCAGACGCUGACGAAAAUGAAGGAAAAAUCAAGAUGAUUGAAAGCAAAGUUCAGGUACAUUUAAGAGGAGAUUUAUAUGCCGAUGCUUUUGCGCAAGCUGAUGUCUCAAUAGAUUCCACAAAAAGCCAAUACAUGGAAAAAAAAGGAGUUGGUGAAAUGUCAGGAAAGGACUACAACACUGAUGCAAGGAAGGAGAAGAAAGUCAUUGAAGUAGCAGACUUAGCACUAAUCGGCGAGGAGGAAGCACCCAAGCCUUUCAAGUCACAUAGAAAACACGCUACCAAAGCGUUGAACACAACGCCUCUGUCAGCCGAAGACAACAAACAGGCACCCAGGCCUACACAGACAGAUGCCCUGGCAUCCUCUCCGGGCGAUGAAAGGAGAGCUGAAGACACUUGGGAACACAGGGGAUUCACGAGGUUAAAAGACAGAGGAAAGUCAGACAACACGAAUAAAGGAAGACUGAUAGGAAAGGAAAGCAGAGCAAACCCGGCAGAGCAGAGGUGGCAAGAAACGGGGAGCGAGGUUCGGUGGGGAGCGAGGGGGAGCACAGGGCCUCGGAGUAUGGCUUCCACAAAGGAGCUGUUUACCUGCCAGGAGGCAGAGAGUUGUGAAAAGUCUUCUGUCUCCGAGCAGGGUAUUAUAGAGGAAGCAGAGGCAGGUACAGCUUAUAUAAUUAAAACAACAUCAGAAAGUGCUCCAGAAAAAAUGUCUGCCAGUGAAAAAGCAGUAAUUGCUAAGCUACCUCAAGAGACUGCGCUAAGUGACAGGCCCACAGAGGAAAAGGAAACAGCGUUUGAUACACAUGAAGGGAGAAAUGAUGGUUCACAUUAUGCUCUUUGUCAACUCAACACAGUGGGUGUAUUAUAUGACACUGAAUUUGAAAAGGAAUCGGUUUUAGGUAUUUAUAAUGCACGCGUACAUGAAACACUGCAAGGAGAAACGAUGUCUGUAUGCAAUAGCAGGGAAAAACGUGCCAAAGCACAACCAGACAUUGGCAAUAUUCUACCUGUAGGAGAAGUGGUAAAGCCUUCUGCUACAGGAAAGAAAGAAGAUUUGCAGCAGGAUUUAUAUUCAGAAGUAUCUAAACGUCCCCUGAGCACCCAGAAGCAUCUAUACAGUGAGGAAGCAGAAGAGCUCUAUAGGGAAGAAAGCCAUGUUGGUACACUUUCCUAUUUACGAGCUAAAGCUGAAACAAAAAUGCCACCUUCUGGUACAAAUGCUGUGCCCAGUUACCAUUGUAAAACCUCUUCAGUGGCAUCUUCUGAAGGGUCCACUGUGGCAGGAGAUACGGAGCAUCUGUAUAGACACUUUGAAUUCAAAGUCAUUGACAAGGUUGCUGCUGAGUCAGGGUACGAUUUAAAUCUACCGAAUGAAAUGACAUGUAUUAGUAAAAACCUCUCUCCUGAAGCUGAAGGAAAAGAAGUGCCUUCCACUUCAGAGGUACCAAUUUCUAGAGAAGGAGGAGGAAGGAGUAUAGAUCAGUGUUUCCAUCAAGCAGAGCUCAAACAAGAGAAGUCAUCGAGGCCAGAGGCUGUAAUUAGUAAGUCUAUAGAAGAAGUUAGAGGGACAGGCUCUCAAUCUGACCAUUUAAUAACUGAGGGGAAAACAUUAAACUGGCUUGAUGACUCACAGAAGGAAAGCCAGCACAUUUCUGAUUCUGCAGGUAUUUCUAACCAGGAGAGUGAAGCACUUAAGUUACCUAGUGAGUCUCCAAGUUUAAAACAUAUUGCUUGCAAAAUCUUCUAUUUCUUCUUCUUUAUUCUGUUUGCUGCAACACUCUACCACUAUGAUUUGAUGGUUUGUCUUGCACUCUACCUAUUCUCCUUAUAUUGGCUAUACUGCGAAGGAGGAAGAGACAAGGAGUCUAUCAAGAAGGAAUAA